AUGGUGGUGUCAGAAUCGCGAGAGGUGGCCGGAGUUGGCCGGAAAAUGGCCGGAAAGUGGCGAGAUGGUGGUGGUGGCGCCCAGAAUCGCAGCAACGGAUCGGACCAGAUUUUGGGUGGUGUUUGUAGAGCUCGAAAAAUGGUGAAGAAUGGCAAUGGUCAACGGAAGUCAACAACUCACGUGGAUGCGGCCAUGAGAACAUGCGGUCCGCGUGAAUAUGCCUGGAACAAUCUGUUUGCUUUCAUCACACACGGUCGACUCAGAGGGUAUGCACGGUUCGUUUUAAUAACAAACGCGAACGGACUUGGGACUACACGCGAUCCCUAUGAAAUUCUCUGUAAUCCUCCUGAAUUUGAUGUUGUACGUGGACAGUUUGGGGACCAUACGCGGACCAUUUGUUUAUUAACGCGGACAUACCCCUGA